AUGACCAUCGAUACAUCUAGUGUGAUCAUCAUUCCAUCUAGAAUGGUCACCAUUCCAUCUAGUGUGAUCAUCAUUCCUUCUAGAAUGACCAUCUAUACAUCUAGUGUGAACAUCAUUCCAUCUAGUGUGACCAUCACCAGACCGGGCUUCUACUCAACUAAGUCACCUAUCCAGUUCUACUCAACUAAGUCACCUAUUCAGUUCUACUCAACUAAGUCACCUGGCCAGUUCUACUUAACUAAGUCACCUAUCCAGUUCUACUCAAGUAAGUCACCUAUCCAGUUCUACUCCACUAAGUCUUCUAUUCAGUUUUACUCAACUAAGCCACCUAUCCAGUUCUACUCAACUAGGUCACCUAUUCAGUUCUACUCAACUAAGUCACCUAUCCAGUUCUACUCAACUAAGUCACUUAUCCAGUUCUACACAACUAAGUCACCUGGCCAGUUCUACUCAACUAAGUCUUCUAUUCAGUUCUACUCAACUAAUUCACAUAUUCAGUUCUACUCAACUAAGUCACCUAUUCAGUUCUACUCAACUAAGUCACCUAUCCAGUUCUAUUCAACUAAGUCACCUAUCCAGCUUUACUCAACUAAGUCUUCUAUUCAGUUCUACUCAACUAAGUCACCUAUCCAGUUCUACUCAACUAAGUCACCUAUUCAGUUCUACUCAACUAAGUCACCUAUUCAGUUAUACUCAACUAAGUCACCUAUCCAGUUCUACUCAACUAGGUCACCUAUUCAGUUCUACUCAACUAAGUCACCUAUCCAGUUCUACUCAACUAAGUCACCUGGCCAGUUCUACACAACUAAGUCACCUGGCCAGUUCUACUCAACUAAGUCUUCUAUUCAGUUCUACUCAACUAAGUCACCUAUUCAGUUCUACUCAACUAAGUCACCUAUCCAGUUCUACACAACUAAGUCACCUGGCCAGUUCUACUCAACUAAGUCACAUAUUCAGUUCUACUCAACUAAGUCACCUAUUCAGUUCUACUCAACUAAGUCACCUAUCCAGUUCUAUUCAACUAAGUCACCUAUCCAGUUCUACUCAACUAAGUCUUCUAUUCAGUUCUACUCAACUAAGUCACCUAUUCAGUUCUACUCAACUAAGUCACCUAUUCAGUUCUACUCAACUAAGUCACCUAUCCAGUUCUAUUCAACUAAGUCACCUAUCCAGUUCUACUCAACUAAGUCUUCUAUUCAGUUCUACACAACUAAGUCACCUAUCCAGUUCUACACAACUAAAUCUUCUAUUCAGUUUUACUCAACUAAGCCACCUAUUCAGUUCUACACAACUAAGUCACCUAUCCAGUUCUACUCAACUAAGUCACCUAUUCAGCUCUACUCAACUAAGUCACCUAUUCAGUUCUACUCAACUAAGUCACCUAUCCAGUUCUACUCAACUAAGUCUUCUAUUCAGUUCUACUCAACUAAGUCACCUAUUCAGUUCUACUCAACUAAGUCACCUAUCCAGUUCUAUUCAACUAAGUCACCCAUCCAGUUCUACUCAACUAAGUCUUCUAUUCAGUUCUACACAACUAAGUCACCUAUCCAGUUCUACUCAACUAAGUCUUCUAUUCAGUUCUACACAACUAAGUCACCUAUCCAGUUCUACACAACUAAGUCACCUAUCCAGUUCUACUCAACUAAGUCACCUAUUCAGUUCUACUCUACUAAGUCUUCUAUUCAGUUUUACUCAACUAAGCCACCUAUCCAGUUCUACUCAACUAAGUCACCUAUUCAGUUUUACACAACUAAGUCACCUAUUCAAUUCUACUCAACUAAGUCACCUAUUCAGUUCUACUUAACUAAGUCACCUAUUCAGUUCUACUCAACUAAGUCACCUAUUCAGUUCUACUCAACUAAGUCACCUAUUCAGUUCUACUCAACUAAGUCACCUAUCCAGUUCUACUCAACUAAGUCACCUAUCCAGUUCUACUCAAGCUACAGUUUUCUUGUUUUAAGUAAAAAGUACAAAGUAAAUCUCAAACCUGUAGCCUUGAACUUGAGACAUUACAUCAUUCUAUCCGUAGAGUGA